AGGAAUCCCCUUGUGUAGCCUCAAAGAAUUACUUCUUAAAUGCACAAUGAAUGUUCACUUUGUCUUCAAUAAUUCAUACUAUCGACAAGUAGAUGGAAUAGCUAUGGGUUCACCAUUAGGCCCAAUAUUAGCUGACUUCUUUCUCGCAAAACUUGAAAACGGGAAAUUGAAGGAUACCAUCAAGGAGUUGGAUAUGUAUUACCGAUAUGUCGAUGAUACAUUUAUCUUAGCUGAUGAGAAUGUUAACACAGACGAAUUGUUGCUGAAAUUCAACAACAUCCACCCUUCGCUUACCUUUACUUUUGAAGAGGAGCAGGAGAAUAAACUACAUUUCCUAGAUGUCUUGCUAAGUAGGAGAGAAGAUGGGUCACUUGAGAGAAGUGUGUACAGAAAAAGCACAUUCACAGGGCAAUACACACACUUCCUUAGUUACGUGCCCAUUAAAUAUAAAAGGAAUGUUGUAAAAUGUCUCGCGAGCAGAGCAAGAAAGAUAUGUACGGAUGACCUCUUACAAAAGGAAUUUGAAUAUAUUCACGAUUCCUUGACGGAGAUGGGCUAUCCGAGUAGUUUCAUAAAGAAACAUAUGAAACCAUCAGAGAAAAAACCUGAGACUCUGACUGCACAUAAGAAACCUCUAUUUAUUAAGUUACAAUUUAAUGGUGACUUAUCAAGUGAGAUUCUAUUCCAAAGACUUUCAAGGAGUAUACGUAGAACAUUUUACGCAGCACACCUAUGUUUGUCAUUCUCUAGCCGACGAAUGAUUGGGACGCAAACGAAGGAUAAGCUUGAUAGUUUUGCCACAUCUAUGUGCAUUUAUCAAUUCAACUGCACCUGCGGUGACAGUUAUGUUGGGCGUACUACUAGACAGCUUAGCCAACGUGUUAGUGAACAUCGCCCAUCGUGGUUUGGCAAAGGACAGACAAAAACAAUCCGUAGCUCAAUUUUGUCACAUUUAAUUGAUAGUGGUCAUGUAGUCGAGAAAACGAAAGCCUUCAAAGUAAUUCAUCGUAUCCCACCGAAUCUUUCCAAUAGACUUCGUAUUCGUCUACUGCACACAGCUGAGGCGAUAGGCAUUCGAACUAUUAAACCUAAACUAUGCAUUCAAAAGAAGUUCGUACAGCCAUUAUCCCUCCCUUGGCCUAUUAAGACAUAACCAACUAAAGACUUCUACACCACCCCUUGUUUAUAUUUUCAACCCCUUUCUUAUCAUCCCUUAAUCUUAUCUUCAUUAUAAACGUGUUUCAUUUCCUUCCCUUACAAUCUAACAUUACGUAAUCGGUUCAUUUGUUUUUACUAGCCUUUAUCGACUACUUCCACCUGAACAAUUGUUUGUUUAAUCAUACUGUUUUUCAUUAUUCGUGUUAUCACAGAUUGCCUCAUUUUUUCAUCCUUAUUAUUGAUAAGACCAUUAUUAUUAUUAUUAUCAUUACUACUAUUAUGACUAAUUGCACAAUUUAUAUUCAUCAUC